CGACUGUGCUGGCGCUUGUUUGCUACGAACCAACUCAACUAUAGGAGCUAGCUUACUAAUGUUUACCGGUAAGUUUAUAACACGUUUCCCAUCGUUUAAAUGCUUUUGCUUAAUAGGUUACAAGCAGGUAAAACCCGCAAGAGUACGACAAAAGCUGACGUUUAAGUUAACGUUUUGUUUUACAGUCAGCAAACACAAACUUUUGACGGGUGGUUUUUUUAUUUAUCCGUUACAAGUCAGCUGGAGCUACCCACCCCCCAGAGAUUCAGCUUGCUACUAGCCAGAUAAACGCAUGCUUUCUUUACGAUCAGUUUAUGGUAACUUGGAUAUAUAUGACAAGCUUAAAUAAGAAACUAUCUAACUUUACAACAUGUCAGUUUGUUUGACAGUAUGACUUCCGGCCAAGGUGACGUUAUCUUUUCUCCGGAGUCAACCGUCACCUCCUUGUUGGCUAGUUCCGGACACCUGAGAGGCACCCAAAGCCUAAAUGACCCCGACCUGUCUCUCACCGGCAUCAGAUACCGGGAUCGGGACUAUGAAUCGGCUACUGAGGCCCUGGAAGCCUACAUCGCAGACUUUGACAGAAGCCUGCACACUUCUGAAACUUCUACCGGGAGACUGCAGCUCCAGAAAAUCCAGAUCAGUUCUGCUCUGCCCAGAACUGAGUUCAGGAAUAAAGAUGGUGAAGAUUUAGGUUUUUGUUUUCAAUAAUGAAAUGCUUAACUUUUAUCUGUCCAAGUUGUUUGAAGAUGGAUAUAAAAGUAUUAUGUUUUAUCUAGUGGUGCUUGGAACUUAAUUAAUGUACAAUAAUUAGCCACCUUGAUUGUGUACUGUAAUGGUGUAUCAUGUCCUUGGUUCCCAGUUCUUAGAGAAAGACUAACGGACAGGGAGCUGGACUUCCUGAAUCUUCCUGUGGGUUCUGGUCGCCGUGGAGACUCAGACUGCAUCAGCCUGACCACCGACGACCUGCUGGUGCUCCCCUGUGAUGGCUCCCUACCCGUGACCCGCACCUCUGCCUUCCUCACCCAGUCCUGGGGACUACCCUCUGGGGCAGAGCUCCCACUCUAACUCCUGGUCCUCUGGGAGGCCUAGGCCUAACAGCAGCUCUCAUAUUAAACGCUGCCUGCACUACUCUGCCCCUCACAACACUCCUCACAAGCUGUACCAGUCCAGAGUGGGAACUCGAGCAGGGAAAACGCAAAAGACAGAGCCCUUCACAGGCCUUAGAUCCUCAGGCCCCAGAGUGAAGGGGAGCCUGCCGCCCCAGCCCCAUCAUGGUCUCUACCACCAGACCCCAGGUCCAGAGGUGAACCAGAGGGACCUACCACCCCCAGACUCCCAUGGCCCUUUCUCCCCCCACCAUGACUACCCUCGCUGGCUGACCAGCCAAAAGUCUGAGAUGGAUUUCUCUGGGGUCACCAGCAUUCCUGACCUGAAGUACCCUGCCUGGCUCCAGGAGUGUGACAAUGUUCCCAAAGACUUUCCCACCACUACCGUAGACCUCUCAGAGUCUCAUAAGAAGACGCAGCAUUGGGGCCCGACCCAGACCUUGCCCCCCUCCCCUAGACCUCCCUCCUGGCUGGGUGAGCUGGAGGCUUCCUACGAGGAGCUAAAAGGAAACAAGGAGGACGGUAACGGCGGCCAUCUUGAGGGCGCCUCUGGUUCUGAUGAUGACAGGCAACAACUUCUCAGAGGAGAGGCUGAUCACAGGACACUGAGGGAGUUGAGACUACAGUUUGCAGAGCGGCUAGCUUUAGCUGCAGAGGGAGAACGGAGCGCUGGUUUCGACGAGCUCUUCAGCGGUAUAAUACACUUUCUGCAUGUCUAAACAACACCACUUGUCCAGACUUAGUCCUCAGUUUACAGUGCAGUACACUGCUACUUUCGUGUGUUGUAAAACUUGCAUUAAGAGCUGUCCACCGUGUUUCUCCACAGAUGAUAAGAUAGAGAGUUUGAUCUUGAAGGCAGAGGCCCUUAACUCUCCUUCGCUAGGCCUAAACACUAACCGCCAGCUGCAGAACUCUCCUUCACUAGGCCCGACCAGCCAGCUGCAGAAGGACAUGGGACAGAGCCCUGGGGGCUCAGAGGAUGUCCUAGAAGCUGAUCGCUCUUGGGACAACCCUGCCAUCACAUUGUGAGUGCUAGUCCAUGAUCCUCCUAGUGUCAAAGUGGUGACAUGUACUGUGGUGUAUUGAGAAAUGUAUUAUGUGUUAAUGAGAAUGUUUAGAUUUAAAAUGGUUGCAAAUAGCCAAUGGGAUUUGUAUGCAGGAGUUGAGUUAUUUGAAUUAACAAAUGACAACGGGGUUUCCGUUCUUGCAUUGAAGUGAUUUGGAUUACGAGAUGCAAGGGCGGUGAAAAAGUUAAAUGACGUAAAGGAGAGUUGGGCUGAAGACACUGUAGUAGUUGAUUGGAAUGUGUUAAGGUGAACAUGAAAUAAAUCAGUUCUGGUUAUUAUAAGUACGCUUCGGAGUCAUCAGUGAAAGAACCCAGCGUCUCAGGAUGCAACAUGUACGAAUACUCUCAAAAUACAAACGAGCAUGAUACAUUACCAAUAUUAAGUAGGAUAUGUUUUGCAGAAUCUACUUAGUAAACUCAACUAUUAUUGAGCUAUAAUUUCACAGAAGGCUUUGCUAAACGUUUUGCUUCUCUCCCUGCAGUAAAUCACCAGUGCCAGUAGGGGGAGCAGAAGACACACUCAUCACCACAGAGCCUCUGAGAGACAGGAAAGAUGAGGUCUGUACAAAAUGUUUCUUGAUAAGAUGAUUCCUUUAGUCCAUGUAAAGUUUUAACUAAGAAUUCUGAUUGAGAGUUGGGUUUAUUGUAGCCCAGAGCCAUGUACUUGAAUCCUAACUCAACCCCCCCCCCCCAUCUUCCAUGUUGUGGCGUGCCUGUGCAGGCUGCCUCAGGCUCAUGUUCGUCGGGCUACAGCAGCAGGAAACACCCUGGUCCGGUGGAGGCCCUCAAACAGAUGCUGUUUAGCCUGCAGGCCGUGGAGCAACAGGUCAGUCUGGAGAAUGACUCAACACAAAAGGAAGUCACCUUGGCGAAUCCUUCAACACCGUACCAAACGCCAACGUUGGAGAACGGCACAAAACCACUGAUGAUAAAGGUACUGAAAAUGAGAUGGUUGAUGUGUAGACUUCAAAUUAUCUGGUUUCUAGUUAUGAAUCUAUUUUGCCUGACACAUAACUAGAUGACAUAACUGAUGUGAACCUGAGCAGUGAUACCGUUGUCUGAAUUACAGAUGUCAGAUGACUAUGACACUGCGCUCGGUGGACAAUCAUUACAGAGGUACAGUACUUAUACAAAUAGAUACAUUUAGUCUACUGUCUUAUUUCAGAUAUGUCCUUUUUUCUAAAGACCCUGAUACUCUGUCACAUAAAAUGGUUAAAUAACUAUCUUCUUUUGUUUUAGGGCCCUGCAUCACCUUGGGAGAUUGAAGAGGCUUGUUGAAGACUCACCUGGUGGAAAGGCCAAAUCUCAGAAAGGGACCGAGUUGUAGAAGAACAGCCAUAUCUUUAUUGGAUAGGGUUGGUUAUGUGAAAAUGGUCUGAAAAAGCAUAAUGUCUAGGUCUUGACUUGGACAUUGAACAUGAGGGUCAAACAAGUAAAUCUCAUUGACAGGGGAAUUUCAGUGCCUCGAGUAUUAAAGAACAAAACUAGUCCACAGUAACUACACUAAUAGCCGGUUUGUAUUGUUUGUUUAUAAGUUUCUAUUUUAUGAUAUCUCAAGUGCACAUAACAUCUAGUAAAUUCAAUAUUCAGUAAAGCCUUGUGCCUUUAUAAACAGGAAGAUCUCACAGAACCUGGUUUUAAUAAAUUGUACGUCAC